AAAGUAAGUCUCCGAUUUUGCUUCGUGAAUUAAUUAUCUAUGGUGUACCAAGAUGUUAUGAAGGUAUUGGUAAUGAAAUUUUAUGGUUUGGAGCAGCCCAAAACGUCACCGAACAGCCCCAAAGUUUUAGCCGCGCUAGGAGAGCUUCCGAGGCAAGUUUUGGAGAGUUUCGGUAAAGAAAGACAAGUUGGAAGAAUAAGAAAAGCUAGUAAGGCGCGGUACAGGUACACCCAGACAAGCAGAAGUUACUAUAGAAGAUGUUGCAGCGGGGUUAGCAACUCCACUUGUUCCUGGAGUGUUGCCGAGUCAGAGUAUAUGCGCUAUGAUGUUUCAUUCGAAGUUAGAGACUUUGCAGACAGAGUUGUGGGUAUAGAGUGUCAGCUUUGUAAGCGGCGUCACCAGCCGAUAGGUUAUUAUGAAGUAUGUCAUGAGUUUUAUACAUUAAUUUAAGAAAUAAAAACAAUUAGAUACAUUAAAAAUGUGAACCUAUAUGUAUCACAAAAAAGAUGAACAACAAAA